AUGAAUGUUGUGAGGUUCAAGUAUGGUAUUAGUAUAAGUUUGGUUGUUGCUUGGAAAGCCAAGAUGAUUGCUAAAGUAAUAGUGGAUGAGGAUGCUAUCAAACAGUAUUGUUAUCUAGAAGCUUAUGGUGAAGAGCGCAUGCAUAUAUGUGUAGGGAACAACUACAAACUUAUUUUAGAAAGACAACCAGGGUUGUUGCUUCUUGAGGAAAGUAACUUGCGAAGUGGAACACCUAGCAAAAGAUUCAAGAGGUCUGAAAGGUCAACACCUACUGCAAUAGUAGCCCCUACUAGAAUUGAUAGUCUAAGAAAGUUGUCAGAGCUAACAAAAGGGAUACUUGGGUUGGAUGAAUCUUACUUGCCCAGAUGGAUUGGUUAUGGCUUUGGUUCACUUCUGCUCUUGAAUCACUUUCUUGGGUCUGAUUCAGCCACUGUUACACCGGCUCAACUUAGUACAGAGGUUUUGGGUCUGUCUUUGGCUUCGUUCUCGAUUGUGCUGCCUUACCUUGGUAAAUUUCUCAAGGGUGCUCAACCAAUGGAUGAAAAGACUAUACCGGAUGAUACGGAACAAAUAUUUUUCAUGUCAACAGAUAUAGUGGAUUGUCUGAAGGAGGACCUGGCUUGGGCAUCAUAUGUUCUGUUGCGUAAUACAAAUGUCAUAGCUAUACUAAUUUUUAUUCAAGGAGAAAUAUGUGCAAGGGGAUACUGGAACAUACUGGAUGAUACAUCAAAAGCAAUUCUUCCUGGUUGGUUUAAGAAAAAAAGUUGA